AUGACAACAGAGUGGGCGGUCGAUGUGACAUACGAGACUUGGAAGGAAGUCCCUGCUGCUCAGAAGGAUUCGAUAUGGAAGGAUAUUCAGGCUGAAUUUGAUAUUCCUGAAGCUUCUAACGGUAGGACAAAGAAGAAAGUACUUCAGACUGUCAACGAGCGGUGGAGACAGUUUAAAUAUGAUUUGACGAGGAAAUGGACACUUGCAGCUGACAAGGACAGUGUGGACGACACUGUGAAAAAUACAGCAUUAGUAAGGAGAAAUGGGCUCAGUUUUCACUACUACAAAAAGAGCCAGAAAACUGCUACUUCUCGACCCACUUUUGAAGUUCAAAACUUAAACCCUAGUUGUCUCUCUCUCUUUCUUCUGCAUCUUCAACCUUGGCAAGGGAAGCCACAGCUGGUGAGCAACAUCAAUGCCUGCACUGCCGUCGCCGACGUCGUCCGCACCACCCUCGACCCUCGCGGCAUGGACAAGCUCAUCCACGACGACAAGGGAACCGUCACCAUCUCCAACGACGGCGCCACCAUCAUGAAGCUCCUCGACAUCGUCCACCCCGCUGCAAAAAUCCUCGCCGACAUCGCCAAGUCUCAGGACUCCGAGGUGUGGAUUUGGAUGAAAGUGGUGUGUGACUGAAAAUGCGGGGGGUCCCGUGACUGGGCCUGUCCACAGUGCAGUUCUAUGAUCUUGUGAGAGGUAAUAGAAGUUACUGGUGUCUGGUUAUGUUAUGUUGUUAAGGUACGUGAUUGAAAUAAAAGUUCUACUUAUAUA